AUGGAAACAGAAAGCCAAACCCAAUCAAGCACUUGGGAUGGCUAUGUUGAUUGGAAAAAUAGGCCUGCUCUCAUUAAGAAACAUGGUGGUUUACUUCCUGCCUCCUUUGUCUUAGUUGUGGAGGUGCUGGAGAAUUUGGCAUAUCUGGCAAAUGCAAGCAAUUUGGUGCUCUACUUGUCCGAAUAUAUGCAUUUUUCACCGUCAAAAUCAGCAAAUUAUGUGACCAAUUUUAUGGGCACAGCAUUUCUACUGGCACUACUUGGUGGAUUCUUAUCUGAUGCUUUCUGCACAACUUAUUGCAUCUAUUUGAUCAGUGCAGUCAUUGAAUUUCUGACGUUGACAUGCAUAGGAAGAAGAUAA